GGCGGUGGUGUGCGCUCUGUGCCUCCUCGUCUGGCUCCAAAAUGCGAAUAUUUUUAGCGCACUGAAGUGACGGCUCCAGAUACGCACCGGUCCUCGGUAAUCGGCCUCAUUACCGGGCUACGGGUGCGUGUGAGCCGCAGCACCGACGGAACGAACACGACAUCUGAACGAUGCCUGUUUGCGGCCGGAGGAGCAAAUGGGUGAAGCUGGACACCCAGAACAGGAAUUGAAGGAACUGCCUGUCAAUGGUUAGCCACACCUUUUGGGUUGCUGAGCAGCGUUACGAGUAGUGAGGGGACCAGUAAUACUUUAACUCAUUACCAUGGAGCAAACUGAGCCCAAGCCUGCUACCCCGAACCGGAGCCCUGCACCCAGUCCUGCACCAAGCCCACUGCCAGAUGCAAGUCCUGCAGCAAACCAUGUGGAGCACCUAAGUGUGAAUCAGAUUCAGGUGGUGGUGCGACGCUGCUCCAGUCCAAAUGUGACGGAGGAAACCACCUAUUUCAUUCCUCGUAGCCCUUGUAUGGAUGCUGGCACCAACACGGACCCUCCAGUAGUUUGUUGCCCUUUGCACCGCAGAUAUUGUCCAUGUCCACUAAGAGGCCUCCUUGCCUCUAUCAUUACCAAAGUCCUUUUGGCAGCUGUACUCUUUGGAGUUGUCUGGUCUAUCACAGAGGAUGAAUGUCUCCCAGGGGGAAAUCUGUUUGGCAUCACUGUGCUUUUCCUCUGUUCACUAAUUGGUGGCAAACUGGUUGCUUUGAUCCGUCUGCCCAACCUUCCACCCUUCCCUCCACUCUUGGGCAUGCUGCUGAUGGGUUUCCUGCUGCGGAAUAUUCCAGUUAUCACAGAUGGUGUGUACGUUAACUUCAGAUGGUCUGCUUCCUUGAGGAAUAUUGCUCUGGCUGUCAUUCUGACCAGAGCAGGUCUGGGAUUGGAUCCCUUGGCACUGAAGAAAUUGAAAUCUGUGUGUAUUCGUGUGGCGAUUGGGCCUUGCAUGAUUGAGGCUUGCACCACAGCCUUGGUCUCUCAUUUCCUUAUGGGCUUGCCAUGGGUAUGGGGCUUCAUCCUCGGCUUUGUUUUGAGCGCUGUGUCUCCAGCUGUGGUUGUUCCCUCCAUGCUGCAGCUACAGAGAGAUGGGUACGGUGUGGAGCAGGGCAUCCCCACCCUGCUGAUGGCUGCAGGCAGCUUUGACGAUAUUCUUGCCAUCACUGGAUUCACCACAUGUUUGGGCAUGGCCUUCGCAACAGGUUCCACCUGGUACAACCUCUUGAGAGGAGUGCUGGAAGUAGUUGGCGGAGUGGUUGCUGGAAUUCUUCUUGGCUUCCUCAUCCAGUACUUUCCCAGUGUUGAUCAGAAACACUUGGUGAUGAAGCGUUCCUUCUUGGUGCUGGGCCUGUCUGUGUUCGCCGUGUUUGGCAGCAGUGUGGCUGGGUUUUCCGGCUGUGGAGGUCUCUGCACUCUCGUGCUUGCCUUCCUGGCUGGCCUAGGAUGGGGAGCAGAAAAGGUACAUGUGGAGGAAGUAGUGGGGUGGGCAUGGGAUGUGUUUCAGCCAUUGCUCUUUGGACUAAUAGGAGCAGAGAUUCGAGUGUCACAGUGGGAGGGGGACACAGUUGGUCUGGGCGUAGCUUCUCUGCUCAUUGCAUUGCUGGUUCGAGUUCUGUUCACCUUUGUCUGUGUACUGUGUGCUGACUUCACUUUGAGAGAAAAGGUGUUCAUUGCUCUAGCAUGGAUGCCUAAAGCCACAGUACAGGCAGCCAUAGGUUCCACAGCUUUGGACAAAGCCAGGAUGAAGGAUGACAAGGAGCUGCAGAAGUAUGGCAUGGAUGUGCUGACUGUGGCUGUGCUGGCCAUCCUGAUCACAGCCCCCAUAGGAGCCCUCAUCAUAGGGCUUUCAGGACCCCGUCUGCUACACAAACCCAAGACACAAUCCUGCGGUGAGCCAGUCAAACACAAUUUGUCGUCUUUUUUCUUUGGCACUGCAGCAGAAGCUGAAGAUGAAGAAAGUCCCAUUGCCUAUGAAAGUACACUCUGACAUCUAUCUGUAGAAACGUGCAGUGAGGAUCCAGACUGGACAGCAGAGCUCAUCUUAGCCACCGAAUGGCUCUUUGUGUCUGUCAUACUGCUCUCCUUUCCACAUCAGUCAAGAAAUUCUUGAACAAAUAGCCCGUGAUCAUCACAUGUGCACACAGCCGUGUGUAUGAACCGGUUUACAUAUUGCUCCUUUAUUAUUACGGCACCGUGGAAACGACUUUCUGUAGUUGGACCUGUGAUUGUUUAAUGGCUGUAUUUCAGAUUUAUUAAGUGAAAGCUUUGUAAAUUAGUCCACACAGCUGGGCUGAAGUAAGAACCUAGUCGUUUUGCACUGAGUGAAUUAUUUUUACAGCUUUAACUUUAAAUUAUGAGUUAUUAAAAUAUGUAUUAGCUUUUUGU